UUUUCAUCUUUUUUGCAUCCGUCGUGUGAUCACGUGAAAACAAACAUUUUCUAAAAUAACGAAACCAUUCCGCCUCACGACGUGCGGUCUUUUUGAUUCUUGAAAUACGCGCGAAAACUUGUUUUUGAAACUUGCCGCCGCCGCCAUGACGGAAUCACCCGACUCGCAGCGCCGCCGGGAAGAAUGCGAGCGGAAGGCCCGCCGGGGUGAGAUGGAUCCCCGGCUGGAGUUUACGUUCCAGCUGCUGAUGGACGCCACCGGGCUGCCCCGCCAUCAGAUCAUGGACCACAUCUUCGAGGGGAACAUGCUGGACGAGAUCAACCAGCUGUUCCUGCCGAACAUGCGCAACAAGCUGAUGUGGUUCUACCAGGAGGUAGACGAGGUGGACAUGCCGGCCGAACGGGACAUCAACAAGCCGGGACCGUCCCGGGCGGGGGCGUCCAGUUCUUCGAAAACCCCGCAGGGCGCGUCGGGGGGCGCCCACAACCGGCCCCACAAGCUGUUCAUCACGGACGGGUGGAGCUGCGCCUUCACCGGAAUCUGCAUCUACAUGUUUCGCAUCAACAUCCAGAAACAGUUGCCCGAGGAGGGCUUCCACAAGGAUUUGUACUGCGGCUACAUCGACGCCAACAGGGUGGGCCUCGUGACGUCAAUCGAGCGUAUCGUCGAGUUUGUGUUCAUGCAAGCUCUGGCCUAUCCCAACAUCGAAUCCGAAGAUGAAGACAUGAGCUGCAAUCUGAUCAAGUCUCAGUUGCUUCCGGGAUUGCGCUCAUUUUGCAGUGCCCUGCGCGUUUGCGAGCAGGUCUGCAAUCAUUUUAACGUGUUUGAUGAUGGGAAGAACAUCGUGUGCCGCGUCGACACCCUGGCCGAGGUGCGCGAGAUGUCCAAGAGUGCGUCCAUCUGCGCCGAGCUGGAGGAGCGCGUCAACAACUGGAUCAAGGGCAUCGCCAAAAUCCUGAUGGAGAGCGAGCAGCUCCGGCGGGAGAAUGACUCCAGCGGACCCCAGGACGAGCUGGAGUACUGGAAGCGUCGCGGAGCGCAGUUUUCCCAGCUGCUGUCGCACUUGCAGGAACGCGAGGUUCAGUGGACGUUGUACUGCUUGUCGCAGUCGGGCUCAAAAGUGUUGAAGCAAUGGAAAGAGACCGACAAAAAAAUUACCUUUUGCUACAAUGAAGCCCGUGAUAAUUCCAAAUUUAUCCAAGCCAUGGAGGCUUGCUGUCAUUCGCUAUAUCUGGACGAUCCGGUCAAUAUGAAGGAGUCGAUCGUUAGUCUUCUCCAAACUGUUCGAUUGAUUUAUAGCGUGUCGCAAUUCUACAACACUUCUGAGCGCACGUCCACUCUGAUGGUAAAAAUUACCAAUCAGAUGAUUGAAACCUGCAAGUCUUAUAUCACAUGCCGAGGCAAGGAAACCAUCUGGACCCAGGAUCGGGACCUGGUACGCACCAAACUUACCAACUGUUUGAAGCUCAACCACAUCUAUCGAGAAACGUACCACGCCGUCAAGUCGCAACCAUUCCUACCCGAUCAGAUACCGUUUGCCUUCUCCGAGAAUUACGUAUUUGGAAAGUUUGACACCUUCUGCGACCGCCUGUCGAAGAUUAUCUCCAUGUUUAGUCUGAUUGACGACUACAACCACCUGUUCGAGAGACGCCUGGAGGGUCUGCUUCUAGGCGAGGCCCUUGAAGAUGCAAUGAACACCUUUGACGAAGCCCGAGUCGAAAUUAUCAUGAAAAAAUAUGACUAUCUGGACCAACGCAACCUGGACUUCAACAACGAUUUCCAAGUGUUCAUGCAGAAAACGGACACCCUAAAGGAGACCAUAGCGUCGAUGAUCGAACACAACUUUGACAGCGUCUGGGAGACCCCGCAGGGAAUUCGCUUUCUGGUGCGAUUCGAGAAAGUCAGCGAAAAGAUCCCGCUGAGCACGAUGGACGAAAAGUACCAACGAGUGUCCAAGUAUUGCGAGAAGGAAAUCGACCGUAUCCUGAAGCUAUUCCGCAAGCAGCGAGAUGAUCCCCCGCUGCCGCGUAACUUCCCUCCAAUCGCUGGACGUAUCAAGUGGUGUCGCUCACUGGAGUACCAUCUGGUUGAGCUGGUAACCACCGUCACGACACACCCAGUGCUGGCGGCCCUCCCAUCGACCAAAGACAUCGAGAAUCGAUUUGGCUCGGCAAAGAUAAUACUAACAGAGUAUGAGCAAGAAAUGACGCAAAUUUGGCUCAGCCAGGAUGUUAGCGUGGCGGAUGCUUGUCUGGUGCAGCCUAUCCUGGCACUGCAGGGGGACAGGCUCGUAGUCAACUUGCAUCCCACCAUUCCGUUGCUCAUCCGGGAAAGCAAAUGUAUGGCCAAAAUGAAGAUCGAUCUGCCCAUCGUGGCCGCCACGUUACUGUGUAAACAAAACCAUUUCAAUACCAUUCAAGAUUCUCUCAACAGCCUUAUCAAGAUGUUUUUGAACACCAUAAAGAAGGUAAAGCUAGAAGUGCGACCGCUGCUGCUGCCUCAGUUGGUUCGACUGACGGCUAUGAUGAAACCCGGACUCAAGUCCAUCAACUGGACCAGUCCGAGAUGGAUCGAGUUCUUCGAUAACUGCAAGGAGGCAAUUGAAACGUUCGACGUGCUGGUGGCUCGUGUACACGACAUAUACUCCAACCGGAUCCUGCACGUGCUGACAUCGAUGCAGGACAUCCAGCUGCAAUCGUUGCCCAACGACGACGAAAUGUGGACCGUGGAGGAGUUUCUGGACUACACGGAGGAAACUUGUCGCCAGGCUGCCACCGAGCUAAAUCGCAAAAGUCAAAUGGUGGAGGAAGCCGUCGAGGAAGUGUUGGAUUUGGUGCAUCGCGCGUCGCAAAUUUUCAAGCGAAUGGUCGGAGCCGAGAAUGACUUUUUCGUGGACGAAGACAAGAAACCGUCGGAGAAGUCAACCCCUACACCGGAGGCGGAUAACGAUGACGGGAAUGGUCAGCAGCAGGAUUGGAGCAUUUUGUGGUCCUGUUUCGAGAAUCCUUUGCAGCUGCUGUCGCACCAUGGGGGAGGUCUACCGAAAGGGAUGCAAGACAUGGUGUUCAACGCGGUGUCGGAGAUGCGACGGUACUAUAGUCGAAAGGUGAUCGAUGUCCUGAUACGAGUGACCCGAACUUCGUUGGAUUGUCUGCGACGCAGGUUUAUUGAGGUGGAGGGAGAGGACCUCCCGAGGAAACCGAUCUUUAUACUGCAAUCACUGCUGAUGAUUCCAAACGUGACGAUUAGACCGAACUUAGAGGAGCUGCAGGAAGCGUUGUCUAUUGCCGGCAAACAGAUUACCGGUGUGUCCAAGGGGGUUGCCCAGUGGAACACCGGAAAGGAUAUUGACGAUAAACCAAGGCCUUCGGCUGCCGCUCUGGCUUCGGCAGCCACUGCAGCUAAGUUAGCCAAAGCUAACGCUGCUGCUCUGGAUGAGAAGUCGCGGCGACGCAAAAUGUAUCGGCUCAAAUCGGAGGAGAAGCAAAAAAUGGUCCACAUGACCAAGAGUUUCUACAGCUACGUCAUGGACAACAAGGAGGUGGUCAAGACACUGUCGCUACUAUCCAGCUGUAUCCGGAACAUGAAACCUGAGCUGCAAAUGUUUGUGGAAAAAUGGAAACCGUAUCACUUUUUGUGGAAGAAUGACAAAACUAUAAGACAACUUCUGGAGAACACGUUGCUGGAGUUCGAGAGUACAUUGCGUCGCUUGGUAGAACUGGACGUUAAUUUGACGGUCGAACCGGAUAUGCAAUACUUUGGCCAAAGUAUUGCGCUUUCAACGGAAAAGUUGAAGUUUGGGUUGACUAUUGAAAUUAAGUCCUGUACUCAUAAGCUAGGGCAGGCGAUGAAGAAAAAGUACAAACGUGAGAUGGACUACGUGUACGCGGUGAUCAACGAAAUGGACCGUAAGCUAGACCGGCAGAUUCGCGACCUGGACGAUGUGCGCACCGUGAUGGACACACUGAGCAAGAUCCGCGAGCAAGAGGUUGACAUGGAGCUGAAGAUCGAACCAAUCGAAGACGCGUUCAAUAUGAUGCACAAGUACGAAAUCCAGGUCGAUCGCGAACAGAUGGACCAGGUUGAUAAUCUGCGCUACACUUGGGUGCGUUUGCAGUCCCGCGCCAAAGAGGUGCACUGUAAACUUCUCGAGAUGCAGCCAGAUUUUCAGAGCGACCUUCGAGCCAACUUGGAGAAGUUCAAACAGGACAAGUUGGACUACGUUUCCGAGUACAGGGUUGCUGGUCCAAUGGAACCGGGGCUAACGCCCCGCGAAGCUUCCGACAAACUGUUGCUCUUCCAAAAUCGCUUCGAUGGAAUGUGGAGAAAGCUCCAGACUUAUCAGAGUGGCGAGGAAUUGUUUGGUUUGCCUCAAUCAGACUAUCCUGAACUUGGCCAGAUCAAGAAGGAGCUGAACUUGCUACAGAAGUUGUACAAGCUUUACAACGAUGUCAUUGAUCGGGUCAGCAGCUACUAUGAUAUUCCUUGGAGUGAUGUCGACAUCGAAGAGAUAAACAACGAGUUGAUGGAAUUCCAGAAUCGUUGCCGGAAGCUACCAAAGGGCCUCAAGGAGUGGCCCGCCUUUUACGCCCUCAAACGAACAAUUGAUGACUUCAAUGACAUGUGUCCAUUGCUUGAGCUUAUGGCAAAUCGAGCGAUGAAACCACGUCAUUGGCAGAGAAUCAUGGAGGUGACAAAGUACACUUUCGAGUUUGACAGCGAAGGUUUUACGCUGAAGCACAUUCUGGAAGCGCCCCUGCUGAAGCACAAGGAGGACAUCGAAGACAUUUGCAUCUCGGCAAUGAAAGAGAAAGAUAUUGAAGCGAAACUGAAGCAAGUUACGAACGAAUGGUCUGCCCACGAGCUUAGCUUUAUGACGUUCAACAACAGAGGCGAGUUGUUGUUACGUGGUGACACGACGGCAGAGACCAUUGGACAGCUGGAGGACAGCCUGAUGGUGCUGAGCUCCCUGCUAUCGAAUCGAUACAACGCACCGUUCCGUAAGCAGAUCCAGCAGUGGGUCUACGAUUUGUCCAACUCGAACGACAUCUUGGAACGAUGGCUGCUGGUGCAGAACAUGUGGGUUUACUUGGAGGCCGUAUUCGUCGGAGGUGACAUUGCCAAGCAGCUGCCGAAAGAGGCAAAGAGAUUUUCCAAGAUCGACAAGUCGUGGCAGAAGAUUAUGCAACGAGCUCACGAAACCCCAGGCGUGGUUGCGUGCUGCGUUGGAGACGAUUUGCUGAAGCAACUUCUCCCACAUCUACAAGAACAGCUAGAACUGUGUCAGAAAUCUCUGAGUGGUUACCUGGAGAAAAAACGAAUGAUGUUUCCGCGAUUUUUCUUCGUUUCCGAUCCUGCACUGUUGGAGAUUCUCGGACAAGCAUCCGACUCCCACACCAUACAGAACCACUUACUGUCAAUAUUCGACAACACGCGUUUUGUGAAAUUCCACGACAUCGAGUACAACAAAAUGAUGGCUAUUACUUCCUCAGAAGGCGAGCAGAUUCCGCUGGAUCGAGCAAUUCGAGCAGAAGGUUCAGUCGAAACGUGGCUCACGUCUUUACUGCAGUCAAUGCAGCAAUCGCUGCAUUCCAUCAUACGCCAGGCGUACGCAUUGAUGAAUGAUCCCAACUUUACCCUGCUAUCGUUCCUGGAGAAGCUGCCGGCACAAGUUGGUUUGCUGGGCAUCCAAAUGAUAUGGACCAGAGAUGCUGAAAUGGCUCUAAUGCAGGCGCGUCACGAAAAGAAAGUCAUGUCUGAGACGAACAACAAGUUCCUGGAACUUUUGAACACGCUGAUUGAUCAGACAACCAGAGACCUGCUCAAGAUUGAGAGAACCAAGUUUGAAACGCUAAUUACGAUUCACGUUCACCAGCGGGACAUCUUUGAUAUACUGUGCAGAAUGAACAUCCGAUCGUCCAACGAUUUUGAAUGGUUGAAGCAGUGUCGCUUUUACUUCAAAGAAGACGUAGACAAGACAUGGAUCAACAUCACCGACGUAACGUUCGUCUACCAGAAUGAAUACUUGGGAUGCACAGAUCGGCUGGUUAUCACGCCGCUCACGGAUAGAUGCUACAUAACGCUGGCACAGGCACUGGCAUUGAGCAUGGGUGGAAGUCCAUGUGGACCUGCCGGCACGGGCAAGACCGAAACUGUCAAAGAUAUGGGCAAAACGCUGGCCAAAUACGUCGUAGUCUUCAAUUGCUCAGAUCAAAUGGAUUAUCGUGGCUUGGGAAGGAUAUAUAAAGGACUGGCCCAGUCAGGUUCGUGGGGAUGUUUUGACGAGUUCAACCGUAUUGAGCUGCCGGUGCUGUCUGUUGCGGCCCAGCAAGUGGCGGUUAUUCUAACCGCCAGGAAGGAGAAGAAGAAGCGCUUCAUUUUCACGGACGGAGAUGAUAUCGAGAUGAACAUGGAGUUUGGUGUUUUCAUCACCAUGAAUCCCGGAUAUGCCGGUCGAAAGGAAUUGCCUGAAAAUUUAAAAAUCCAGUUCCGAACUGUUGCCAUGAUGGUACCAGACCGACAGAUCAUUAUCCGUGUAAAAUUAGCAUCCUGCGGUUUCCUGGAGAACAUCACACUGGCGCGAAAGUUCUACACUUUGUACAAACUUUGCGAGGAACAGCUUACCAAACAGGUACACUACGAUUUCGGGCUGCGGAACAUCCUUUCGGUUCUACGAACUCUGGGAGCUGCAAAACGUGUCAACCACAAAGAUAGUGAAAGUACCAUUGUGAUGAGAGUGUUGAGAGAUAUGAAUCUCUCCAAGCUAAUCGAUGAAGAUGAACCUCUGUUUAUGUCACUCGUGUCCGAUCUGUUUCCCAACCAGACGUUGGAGAAAACCAGUUACGGUGACUUGGAAACCGCAAUUGCGUACCAGGUCGAGCAGGCCGGUCUCAUAUACCAUGCGCCGUGGGUGCUGAAGCUGAUUCAGCUCUACGAGACUCAACAGGUGCGACAUGGAAUUAUGGCCCUAGGGCCGCCGGGGGCCGGCAAGACCUGUUGCAUUAGAAUCCUGAUGAAGGCGCUGACCGACAUUGGACUUACGCACAAAGAGAUGCGCAUGAACCCGAAGGCCAUUACUGCAGCCCAAAUGUUUGGUCGACUUGAUGUGGCUACCAACGAUUGGACCGACGGUAUCUUCUCUGCACUCUGGAGAAAAACAUUGAAAGCAAAGAAAGGAGAAUAUACCUGGCUGGUACUCGAUGGACCCGUUGACAGUAUCUGGAUUGAAAACCUCAACUCGGUGCUCGACGACAACAAGACGCUUACCCUCGCCAACGGGGAUCGACUGUCGAUGGCACCGACCUGUAAGAUUAUAUUUGAACCACACAACAUUGACAACGCAUCACCGGCGACCGUGUCUCGCAACGGCAUGGUGUACAUGAGCUCUUCUGGAUUGGACUGGAAACCAAUCUUGCAAGCAUGGUUGAAAACGCGCAGCCCCCAAGAGAAGAGGGUAUUCAACGAACUGUUUGACAGUACUUUUCUCAAAAUUUACACCUGGACCACGCAAAACCUGAUGCUGAUGAUGGAGGUGCUGCAGUGUAACUUCAUACAGCAGAUGAUUUAUCUGCUAGAUGGUUUGGUUCCAGUACUAAGCGAUAACGAGCAGGAAGCGGUAGCAUCGACCACUGGAAGUCUCGACGAUGACGUGAACGAUGAUGAGGCGCCAAAGGUCAUGGACGAGGCAUGUACGCCGGAGCACUUGUAUCGGCUUUAUGUAUUUGCACUGGCGUGGGGUAUAGGAGCGUACCUCAACUCAGCGGACCGUCUAAAGUUGGAUGCCCAUACCAAGAAGAAUUAUCGCAAUCUGGAUUUUCCAUCCUCGGACGAGAAACCAGACUCGACGAUAUUCGAUUUUUUCGUGUCACCAAUGGGCAGUUGGCAGUUGUGGAAAACUCUAGUUGUACCCUACGUCUAUCCGGAGUUCUCUACUCCGGACUAUUUGAGCAUUUUGAUUCCGAUUGUGGACAAUGUGCGUAUUGAUUAUUUGAUCAAUGUGAUCGUAAAGCAAGAGAAAGCUGUUUUGCUGAUUGGGGAGCAGGGAACGGCCAAAACCGUAAUCAUGAAGAGCUUCAUGAAAAAGCUGAACACGGAUACACACAUGGGGCGUUCGUUUAAUUUCUCGUCUGCGACCAGCCCGUACCAUUUCCAGAAAACCAUCGAAAGUUACGUCGAGAAGCGGAUGGGUAACAUGUUUGGCCCGGGUGGGGGUCGUAAGCUGUUGGUGUUCAUAGACGACAUCAACAUGCCGCAGAUCAACGAGUGGGGCGAUCAGAUAACAAACGAAAUCGUUCGACAAACGAUGGACAUGCGAGGAUUCUACAGCUUGGAGAAACCAGGAGAAUUCACCAACAUAAUUGACGUGCAGUUUGCUGGGGCGAUGGGACUGCCUGGAGGUGGUCGGAGUGACAUACCAGCUCGAUUGAAGCGACAGUUCAGUGUUUUUAAUUGCAACAUUCCGGAUAAUACAUCGAUAGAUACGAUCUUUAAAACGCUUGGUGAGGGACACUACAACGUGAAGCGAGGAUUCUCGCUUGAGGUGCGCAAGCUCGUGAAGAAACUUGUCCCGCUGACUCGAGUCCUUUGGCAGCACACCAGAGAACAUCUGUUGCCUACGCCAGCCAAGUUCCACUACGUUUUCAGCUUGAGAGAUCUGUCAAGGAUUUGGCAGGGAAUGAUCGGGACCUUGUCGACUGUGAUCACGUCGGAGUCGGUGCUCAUAAUGCUGUGGAAGAACGAAUGCUCACGAGUUUUUGCCGAUCGUUUUGUAUCGCUGUCAGACACGGAAUGGUUCUUGGAAGAGAUGUUCAAAGUUUUGGAAACCGAUUUGGGUCCAGAAUACCGGGAAAUGGCCGUGCCAAGUCCGGUGUUUGUAGACUUUAUGCGAGACGCUCCAGAGCCAACUGGAGAGGAAGGAGAGGAAACGGAUAUGGAAUUGCCCAAGGUUUACGAACCUGUUUCGGACUUUAGUAUCCUGCGCGACCGUUUGAAAAUGUUUUUGCUGCAAUUCAACGAGAUGAUUCGAGGCACCGGGAUGGAUUUAGUGUUCUUCCCUGAUGCAAUGUUGCAUUUGGUGAAAAUAUCGAGAAUCAUCCGUCAUCCGAGAGGAAACGUUAUGCUCGUUGGCGUGGGUGGCUCCGGGAAGCAAUCUUUAACCAAAUUAGCUUCGUUUAUCGCUGGCUACAAAACUUUCCAGAUCAGUUUAACACGCUCCUACAACGUAGCCAACUUUCUUGAAGAUCUGAAACUCCUGUACAGAUCGUGUGGUGUUCAAGGCAAAGGAACGACUUUCCUGUUCACCGAUCUGGAUGUUAAAGAGGAGAGCUUCCUCGAAUACCUGAACAAUAUUCUCUCAUCGGGCGUGAUUUCGAACCUUUUCAAUCGAGAUGAGCAAACUGAGAUUGUCUCAGAACUAACACCAACAAUGAAGCGGGAGAACCAAAAGAAGAACGUGACACAGGAAACCGUCAUGGAGUACUUCCUCCAACGUGUUUGUCACCAUCUCCAUGUGGUCUUCUGCUUCUCCCCAGUUGGCGAAACCUUCCGACGUAGAAUUAUGCGGUUCCCGGCACUGGUAAGCGGUUGCACAGUUGACUGGUUUCAGCCGUGGCCGAAGGAUGCGUUGGUUGCAGUUGCUCGGCAUUUUUUGACCGACUUUUCGAUUGAGUGCUCGCCAGAAGUCAAGGAUGAGUUAGUACAUGCUCUGGGAACAAUACAGGAUAUAGUUUCAAUGACGUCGACGGAUUACUAUCAGAGAUUCCGCCGGGCAACACAUGUCACUCCAAAGUCAUACUUGAAUUUUAUUGCUGGGUACAAGAACAUCUACACCCAGAAACACAAGGAGUUGUGCGACGGGGCGGAGAAGAUGGACACUGGUUUGGAAAAACUAGCCGAAGCAUCCGAAUCGGUAGAGAUACUAAAGAUUGAGCUUGCCGUCAUGGAGAAAGACCUGGUCGAAGCGUCCGCCAAAGCGGAGCGGGUGCUGGUGGAGGUAACGGAGCGCGCGAUGCAAGCGGAAAUAUUCAAGAACCAGGUACAGGUGGUAAAGGAAAAAGCUGAAGCCCUGGUACAAAACAUUGCCCAGGAGAAAGGAUUUGCGGAGGAAAAGCUAGAAGCCGCCAAGCCAGCGCUCGAGGAAGCCGAAGCGGCCCUGAACACGAUCAAGCCAGCUCACAUCGCGACCGUUCGAAAGCUCGGACGGCCACCCCAUCUAAUUAUGCGUAUCAUGGAUUCUGUUUUAAUUAUGUUCCAACGAAAACUUCACCCAGUAAUUGCCGACACUAGCGCUCCUUCUCCGAAACCCUCGUGGCAGGAAUCACUAAAAAUGAUGGCUAGCACGACGUUUUUGCUGCAGUUACAAAACUAUCCCAAAGAUACCAUAAAUGACGAAAUGAUAGAGCAUUUACAGCCAUAUUUUAGGAUGGAGGACUACAACAUGGACACCGCUAGAAGAGUUUGUGGCGACGUUGCAGGAUUACUAUCUUGGACUAAAGCCAUGGCAUUCUUCCAUGGGGUGAACAAAGAAGUACUACCUUUAAAAUCAAACCUAAUGCUCCAGGAGGCUCGCCUCAAGAUUGCGAUGGAUGACUUAGCCGCUGCCGAAGAUCAGCUGGCAGAACGGGAAAAUGCCUUGCAGAAGGUCAAGGAUCAGUACGAUGCAGCCGUUUCAGAGAAGCAGCGACUGACAGAUGCGGCAAAUAGUUGUUUGCGGAAGAUGACUGCGGCUACGGCGCUGAUCAACGGACUCGGUGGUGAGAAGGCACGUUGGACUCAACAAAGUAAAGAAUUCAAAAUCCAGCUCGGCAAACUGGUUGGGGAUGUUCUGCUGGCAACGGGAUUCCUAUCGUACUGUGGCCCGUACAACCAAGAGUUCAGGGGCACGCUGUUUAAAACCUGGAUGGACAUCUUGAAAAAUCGAACCAUACCGUAUACGACAGGACUAAGUAUCAUCGGAAUGUUGACGGACUCUGCAACCAUUUCGGAGUGGAAUCUUCAGGGUCUACCGAACGACGAACUGUCCAUACAAAAUGCACUCAUCGUGACCAAAUCGAGCAGCUAUCCGUUGCUGAUUGAUCCUCAAAGCCAGGGCAAGAUCUGGAUCAAAUGCAAGGAGGACCAGAACGAGCUACAGAUCACUUCACUGAACCACAAGUACUUCAGAACACAUCUGGAAGACAGCCUGUCGCUGGGACGUCCGUUGUUGAUUGAGGACGUGGGAACGGAACUGGAUCCCGUGAUUGACAAUGUGCUGGAGAAAAACUUUAUCAAAUCUGGCUCGAUGGAGAAGGUGUUGGUGGGCGAUAAGGAGUGCGACGUGAUGCCAGGAUUUAUGUUGUACAUCACGACGAAGCUGCCGAACCCUCCGUUCAGUCCGGAAAUCAGUUCCAAGACUUCGAUUAUUGAUUUCACCGUAACCAUGCGCGGUUUGGAGGAUCAAUUGCUUGGUCGGGUGAUAUUGAUGGAAAAGGCUGACCUGGAGGCAGAGCGGGUGCAGCUGUUUGAAAGCGUCAUGAAGAAUCAACGGAGCAUGAAGGAACUGGAGGCGAAUUUGCUGCUACGUCUGACGUCCACCGAGGGUUCGCUGGUAGACGAUGAAGCGUUGAUCGAGGUACUGCAGGAAACGAAAACAACAGCGGAGGACGUGAACCAAAAGUUGAAGAUUGCGGAAGUUACCGAGAAGAAGAUUAUGGUGGCACGCGAGGAGUUCCGAGCCGUUGCCGCAAGAGGAUCGAUACUGUACUUCCUGAUUGUGGAAAUGUCCAACGUCAAUGUUAUGUACCAAAAUUCUUUGAAACAAUUUUUAAUAAUUUUUGACAAUUCUAUUACAAAAUCCACCAAAAGCAACAUUACAGAAGAGCGGAUUGGUAUAAUAUUGAGAUAUCUAACGUAUGAGGUGUGGGCUUUCACCAGCCGUAGUUUGUAUGAGAGACACAAACAGUUGUUUACGCUUAUGCUGGCGAUAAAAAUUGACUACCAGAAGGGAACAAUAAGUCACGAUGAAUUCAUGGCGUUCGUAAAGGGAGGUGCAUCGUUGGAUUUGAAUGCCGUUGUUGCGAAACCGUUCCGUUGGAUUUUGGAUAUCACCUGGUUGAAUUUGGUAGAAAUCAGCAAGUUGAAAACAUUCCACGGAAUUCUCAAAAAGAUCGAGUACAACGAGCGUGACUGGAAACAAUGGUACGAAACGGAACGUCCAGAGCUGGAAGUGAUUCCCUGUGAUUACGAGAACGAGCUGGAUGUGUUUCGGAAGUUGCUCCUGAUUCGCUCUUGGAGUCCAGAUCGCACAAUUUCGCAAGCAAGGCGAUAUAUAGAGGUGUCUUUGGGGAAGGAGUACGGAGAAAUGCACAUUUUGGAUUUGGAACUGACGUGGACGGAGUCGGAGCCGAGGACACCGUUGGUGUGCAUCCUAUCGAUAGGAUCGGAUCCAACUGUACAAAUUUCAGCGCUGGCAAAGACGAAGGGAAUUGUGCUGAAGACAGUUUCCAUGGGACAGGGCCAGGAGUACCAUGCCAGGAAAUUGAUGACGGAUUGCAUGGCUGGGGGAGGAUGGCUGCUGUUACAGAAUGUGCACCUAUCGCUUACUUUUUGUAACGAGAUCAUAGAUAUAUUGAUUGAAACUGAGCACGUGGCUGAGACGUUCCGCCUUUGGGUAACCACGGAGACACACGAGCACUUCCCGAUUGGAUUGCUUCAAAUGGCGAUCAAGUUUACAAAUGAACCACCGCAAGGAAUCCGCGCUAGUUUGAAGCGAAGUUAUCAGACCUACACGCAGGACUAUUUGGACUAUACGUCUGCACCUCAGUGGCCACCGCUGCUGUAUACGGUGGCAUUCCUGCACUGCGUCGUCCAAGAGCGGAGAAAGUUUGGACCACUUGGGUGGAACAUACCGUACGAGUUCAAUGCAGCCGAUUUCUCCGCCAGCGUGCAGUUUAUCCAGAACCAUCUGGAUGAAAUGGAUCCGAAAAAGGGCGUGUCCUGGCAAACCCUGUGCUAUAUGCUGGGGGAGGUUAUGUACGGCGGACGCGUCACCGAUGACUUUGACAAACGUCUGCUGACCACGUUCACCCAGGUUUGGUUUUCGGAGCAUUUGCUAACACCCAGUUUUGAGUUUUACAAGGGUUACCGGGUGCCAAACUCGCGCAACAUCCAAACCUACGUCGACUACAUCAACCAGCUGCCCCCGACGGACACGCCGGAAGUGUUUGGACUGCAUCCCAACGCCGACAUUACGUACCAGAUCAACACGGCAAAGGGCAUCCUGGACACCAUCCUGAGCGUACAGCCCAAGGAAGGCGGCGGCGGUGGUGGUGAAACCAGGGAGUCCAUCGUGUGCCAGCUGGCCAACGAUAUGCUCCGGAAGCUGCCCCCGCAGUACGUGGCGUUCGAGGUGAAGGAAUCGUUGAACCGGAUGGGAGCGCUGCUACCCAUGAACAUUUUCUUAAGACAGGAAAUUGACCGCAUGCAGCGCGUCAUCAACACGGUAUACACGAACCUGUGCGACCUGAAGCUGGCCAUCGAUGGGACGAUCAUCAUGAGUAACUAUCUGCGCCAUGCCUUGGACGCGAUGUACGAUGCUCGAAUUCCGGAAAAAUGGCAGAAGGUAAAUAUAAAACGACACAACUUUGUAAGGUUAACUAAACAUAAAAUAGUGGCUCGAUUGAAUCAAAGGUAAGAGUAAAUGUUGAACUGUAUAAUGGAUCAGGUUUGUAUGAAUUUAUUUAGAAGACUUUUGAAGUUUAUUUCAGUAAACGUUCAGUUUCGUCAAGGUAUGAUAGAUUUGGGCUCCCUGAACACGAUCCAAUCGACAUAAUUGAGUUUUAGUGAAUUCCCUGCCAACAAAUAAAAUUGUAAAUUUCUGGUAUAAGUGGAAUUGAAGUAUCAUAAGCAACCAUGCGUGCGUUCUUAUUUUUGCUACCCCAACAAAUAAACGUGGGUGCGCAUGGUUGCUUAGAGUGGUUCCAUAUCAUUUAUUCCCGAAAUUUAUAAUUUUAUUCAUUGAUAGUGAAUUCAAUAAAAUUCAAUUUAGUCGAUGCUUCAACAUGCUCCAUGCUGAGGGAGCCCAAGUCUAUCAUACCUUGACGAAACUAAAGCGUUUACUGCCAUCAAAUUAACAAAUUUCGAGAUGUGUCAUACCAAAAGAUGUAAUAUUGUGAUAAAUCAACACAAUAUUUUGGCAUGCACUUUCGAUAAAGUAAAUGAAACAGUUUUAAUCUGCAUGAAAAUUUUUAAUUUUUGACAUAAAACCAAAAUCUCAUUUAGAUAAUAAAAAAAUUCAAAUUAUCACGUCGACUAAAACAGUUUUUUGUGUUAAUUUUUUUCCUUUCCUCCAAUUUUGGAUAUCUAAAAAGAUUUGAAUAAUAACUGCAAACUGCGUGCAUGUAUAUCAAAAAAAAAUAUUCUGGGAAUUUUAAAAUUGUAGCAAAACUUGAGCUGAUUUUUUUUAACGUAUAAAGAUGGUCCUUUUUACUCCUUUAUAGCAAGCAAUUUUCCUUUUCUGGGCCAGCAUUCUAAUCAAACUUUCUUCCACCUAUAAAGAUUUCAUGGGAGUCUACGACGCUUGGAUUCUGGUACACGGAACUACUGGAGCGAAAUCAACAG